UUUUAGUGCUUAUCCCGCCGUGCUUCACACUGGUCCCUCUCCAGUCAACCGAGGCUAGCCCAGCAUCACCGCCUUCUUUUUCUAUCCCUUCUGUAUUUUCUGUCCCUCUGUAAUUUUUUCCGUCGUUUUCCGACAUCUCACGAACUCUGCCAGGUGCACCACGCACAUUACUCUUUUUAUAUUCAUUUUUUUGUCGACCAGAAAGCGUUUUUGGUAGCUGCUUCAGCCAUCGUGCCGCAUCAGCCGGGAGAGAAAAACAUCCAUCCACGACGACGACGAGGAGGCAGGGAGCGAGCUCUGCAACGCCCAUUUUGACACUACACUGUAUCACCACUAAUACCCGCGGAGACGUUUUAGUAUCUUUUCCAUGUCUGCCUGUUUAUAUCUAAGAGGGCUUUUCUCGCUUGUAGCCUGCACUGUCGUCCUUUUGCCCUGUAUGUUCCCACCUCCUCUUUAGCAUCUUCGAGUAGCAGCAAAAUAUCAACAGGGGCUGAGGUGCUGAAGAGCCCCUGAAUGCCCCUUUGCAUGCAGCGCAGUUUGAUCACAUUUCUGCAGACUGCAUCAGUGGCCUUAACCUCCCACAUCUUCCUGUGUUUCUCCUCCGCGUCCUCCGGCGUGCCCCUCCUCUCUCUCUGAGCGCUCGGCUCCUCAUUCUCCUCCCGGUCUCCCGCCAUUGCGUCCAGCUGUGGCCCUCACAGGGCGCGCUCGCUGGCUCUCACCUGACAGGUCCCUGGCCUCAGGACGACAGCCAGCCCCAACAAUCUCCCUACAUGAGGGACAAAGCGACGCAGACCCCCAGGGCCUGGGCAGAUGAGAGGAGGAGGGGCUCUCACAAACGCUCGGCCUCCUGUGGGAGCACCGACCAGCUCAAGGAGAUUGCCAAAUUGCGUCAGCAGCUUCAGCGCAGCAAACGCAGCAGCCGCCAUCGGAGGGAUAAAGACCGAAAGUCCCCGUUCAAUGGCAGCCAUGCCAUCAUCCAGUCGCAGUCACCUAUGCCCAAGACCAUCCUGAUACCCAUCCCUAUAUCCAAGUCGUCGGCCCCUCGUUUCCGCAACAGCGUGGAGGGCCUCAACCAGGAGAUUGAACGUAUCAUCAUCCGAGACACCCCUGAAAAGGAAGAGACCAUCGUUGAUGUCCCAGAUGGGCACCGUGCACCCCCACCCGUACCCCCACAGCGCAGCAGCAGCACACGCAGCAUCGACACACAGACCCCCUCAGGGGGCGGCCUGAGUGGUAACCAUAGCAACUGCAGUAGCCGUCCCGACUCCAUCUCGCCCUCCUACCUCACCGUCCUCAAUGACACGGUUGGAGGCAGCCCCUAUGAGGACAAAGAGCUGGGCCCCUGCUCCCCGCUGCCAAAAUACGCUGCCUCUCCCAGACCCAACAACAGCUACAUGUUCAAGAGAGAACCUCCAGAGGGCUGCGAGAAAGUCAAAGUGUCUGAGGAGACCAUGCCCAAACCUCUGCAGGACAUCCCUCCCUUUUUGUGUCCCGACCGCAACAAGGUCAACUUCAUCCCUAACAGCGGCUCUGCCUUCUGCCUCGUCAGCAUCCUCAAGCCCUUACUCCCAGCCCCGGACCUCAGCUUUCGCUCCGGGGUGGGCCUCCGAAGCCUGUCCCCAUCCCUCGUGCCUCUGUCCACCCAGCCCUGCCUCCUGGAGGAGCCCGAGAGCUUCUGACGGCCCACCAAGGCUUUAAGUCACCACAGCCCCUAAAAGAACCCCCCACCCCCUACAAAAUCAGAAAACAUUUACUAGGAAACAACCCUUCUGCUCCAAAAAAGAAGAAAAAAAUGCCUUCAGCAUGCCAGCUAAGCUCUCUCUGAUGUCCUUAUCUUGUUGAAAAAGCACUUCCCACUGCCUCUCCUCCUCAGACGACGACAACAACGUGAGAGUCCUGCAGCCCUGUGCAGGUAUUUUGCAGCUAACAUUUCAUCGCUUUCUUCUACCUUUAGUGCUGGUUAUGUUCCUGUUUUUUGGGAGGAAAAGGGCGAAAGGACCGACUCUUUUAUUUCAUCGUACUAUACCAUGGCGCCUUUCCACGGACAUAUCUCUUUUUUCUAUCUGUAGUUAUUUCUCUUGAUAUAAAAUAUGCCUUCCAUUAUAAAAAAAAUAAAAAAAAAAAAAGGCCGCUGGUUUUCUUGGCGACCAAGAGUUUGACCACAGAGGCUAAUUUUGGUGCUGCCAGAUGUAUAUCGUAGCAAAACUUGAAUGGUCGUGACAAGGAGAAGUUAAAAAAAUGUGCCUGAUAUUUUAGACCGCUCGGUUUCGCUAAACCAGCGUAGUGCUCUGAUCAUGUCUGUCUCUUUAGCAUGACACACAUGAUGUUUGCACUAUGGUGGGCCAUAGAUACACACAGAAAGGCAGGGAAAUAUAAAAAGUAAGUUGGUACACAGACUACGCGUAGAAACAAUGCAUAUUAAGACCACCUGUGACCUAAACCUAGACAUCUGUUUAGUACUUUCUUCAGCCAUUUCCAGUGCGAGCUGACUGUAAACUGGUACAAGCUGAUGCCUGUGUUACACUACCUGGUAGCAGGGAACUGGUCCCCUGCCGGCUGCUGUGUAUCUAUGGGAAACACAGGCCAGGGCUAUGAUGUGUGCAGCGUGUUCAACCUGUGUCUGCCUGCCCCUCCUUCCCAAGCGCCAGCCUUUGCUCAAAGUGUGUGUCGUUUCCUCCCCCCCCCCCACACACACACUUUUUACUCCACGUCCAUCACAGCCACCCCUUUCUGUUCCUCCUUUUUCCAGCUCUUUCUCUCCUUUUCUUUCCCUCACCGUCACUGUAAUGCUGAUUUCCCCUCUGUUUUGCUCUGCUAGCGUUGUUGUGAAAUGCGUCCAGAAGGGCCUCGUCCUCGCAGGGCAGGCUGCCUCUGGCUCGCAGGGCCCUGAGCAUGGAGAGGUUGCUGACCCCAAAAACUGCUCUGCAAACCAUAAGGGUACAUAUACAUAACAAUGGCUUGACAUGCCUCUUAACUUUUCAAUAAAGUUUCCACAUCAGUCCACAUUGCUUAAGACCAUGCAAAUUUGGUUUAAAUCAAAGUAUUUAUCAUAACCUUAAAGCUGCAUUAAUCGAUAUUUCACAUGAACAAUAAAUCAAAUGACUUCAUGUAAUGUGGAAGGUGUGAGUAAAGAUAAUAAUCUGCAAUUCCCCUGAGCUCUACGGAGCUUUUUAGCUUCUUUUCACUCAUUGUUUUGGUUUUACAGCCCGCAACUUUAAUGUUUUUGGUCCAUUUAAGGAAUGGCUGUAGCUCUUUUGAUUAUGCCAUGUUGUUGGGCCCUCUUUCUCUGCAGUGAUUUAAUGGUAUCUCUAUGAACCAAACUACUACACAUACUGUACAAUAGCGGAUGGAAACGCACAUUCAUUUGCAUUUUCUUUUCUUUUCUUUUUUUUCCCUUCAAAAGCAGCUUUAUCUAUUACAAUCUAUUGAAAUUGAAAAAAACUGAAACAUAUUUUACAUACACACGUUGUCCCACAUGGUAAACACCACCUGAUUGAGACCGGCGACACAUUUGGAUGUCUGCAGUGUAGUUUGUUGGUUGGCAGCGUCUCCACGCCCCGGGCCAUCUUCCUGUAAAUGUCAUUACUACUUGACUGUGCCUGCUACGGUGCGAUCGGAAUGUACUGGGUUUGUAAAUAUAGAGGCACACUGUGUUUGUAUUAUCGGCUGACUAAGAUAUGUAACUGAAUGAGUCAACUUGUACCAUAUUCCCCCCUCCUCCCUCCUGCUUUUUCUCCGCUGAGUACUGUGAAUUACUACAUGUCUCAUUAUUGUGAAUAAUAAUGUAUUUAUUUAUCAGGAGUAUAAUUUGGUCUUCAGAGAAUUUUAAGAAUAGAUUACAUCGUCCAUCUCAGGUUGUAGUGAAUAGGAUACAAAAAAAGAUAUAAAACUUCUCAGCGCACACUAACAAGUCUACUCUACUAUUAGGGAGGGGGGGCAAACCAACAGCUGCUAUCUAUGUAGCCUCCUGAAUGAUAGAAACCUGUAGCAGAGUAGAAGUAGUGAGAAGUGUGGAUGUCAUUUAUUCAGUGACCUGAUUUGGCAUGAGUAAUGUUUCUCAAAUGAAAUAAGUGAAGAAAUUAAGAGUUCUGUUCCAAAAUGAAAUAUCCACCUGCUGAAAAACAAUCACACACCUACAGCCACAUGUUCUGAUCGGUGGUUUUUAGACAUCCGUUUACCAAAAAAAAGUAGUUUGAAAGAGCAGAUUCAUACAUGUAGAAAUACAGAUUUAUUUCAGAUAUCAACUUUUUCUUUUUCAAAGUGGAUAAACAACAUUUUGGAACGAGGCUGUACACAAGAAUUACUCAACACAAUGAUUCUGUUUGCUUGUCCAGUUUAUUGGAAACAGAACUGCCAAGUUGUCAUCUGUUAAACCCCUUGAGUGAAAUAAAAAGGCAUAGUUGAAUUAAAUAAAAGCAUUUGUGAUUGACUUGAGAUGUACAUUCUUUGUUUCAUAAAAAAUAUAUAUAUAUACUGUAUAUGUUCUAAUUACAAUCAUCACUUCAUUGAGUUAAGUCCAAAGAUGGCUGUAUAACCCGAUAAUCUUGUUUGGUGAUAUACGUUUCAGGCUUCAUAAAAUGCACCUUUUCUUCUCAGUAACUUGAAUGAUAAAUAGAACCUCCAACCCAAACAUGUCCAUCUUCACAGAUAGCUCAGCAUGAUAAAUAGGGCCUACCAACACAGCUUGCAGCUGCAGAAAUGGAUAAAUAAGAGUAAUAGAGUAGAGGGUCAAGCCUGAAAAGUAUUUGUGCUCCUAACUUCUACAGGUUGAGAGGACAACUAAAAGCAUCCUGUGUUUUUUCUCAGUGACAUUAACAGGAACUUGAGAUGGGACCUGAAGUGGGUCCUAAAUGUUGAGGUCCAGCACCCGAAGCUGGGGUUGCUCCAUGUGUUUACCUUAUAUGUGAUUUGAAAGAAACUCGUAUUUGGAUACCCCGGCCGACUUCAGACGACUCUGCGACCUCUGAACAUGUAGCAACUUGAGCAGAUUAAUUUAUGGAUUAUGAAUCCUCUUCAUAAAGACGAAUGGAGGACACUAUGAGGUCAGUCGAGGCUGGACUGAAUGCCACACAGCAGUCUCCCUCCUUAGGCAAUCAUCAUCCGGGGCACUAUCCACUCGCCAUACCGAGACCGGAUACACAAACACACACGGUUCCUGUGUCCCGUUGUUGCUAACUCCCAGCUAGCUUAUGCUAACGUCUGUAUUGUUGCUACUUUGGUUGUUGGGGGGCGAAUAAACAGACGACCCCCCGCGGUCACAUUCACCGGAAUGAUGCUAGGAGAAAAGUAGGCAUCGCUGUGAGAAGGAAUAUGGCGUUUGAUAUCGGUUUUGUUUGUGUUUCUGCAAAUAGACGGUUGCAGGUGGACUGGUGUUUACAUGGUCCGUGGGAGCUGGAAGUCCGCAGCUGUGUGGCGGCUGCAGUGCUUUUAUGUGUCUCCUAGCCGCAGAUCUGCAGCCUCAAUGGAUGUCAUCUGGGAAGAAGAAGAGGAGCCUUGUAGAGACCAGCUGAAGGGACGUCUUCUCUGAGCUGAAGCUCUGAGAUGAGUGCAGAGUUUCCGGACCACAACGGAGAAGUUCCUUCACUCCAUUCAUGCCGCCUUCUCUCCGUACUCACUGUAUACUCAUAGUAUUGUAUGUCAUGAAAUAAUUUAAUAAGAAAGUAAGUAAUAGUACGUAUUAUGUCAAAAAGCUCAGAAACGUUAUACAUAAUGUCAAAAAGUGUUA